UCGUUCCUCUCUCUAUUGCAUAUACAUGUAGGAAGACAAUUUGUUCAUAUCAUUAUUGGAAUCAAAUCCAAGAGUAUAUAGCAAUAAUAUACAUAUAUAUUUUGCAGUUAUUAACCAUGUCUGUUACGGCAAAGAAAACAGUUUUGUCAGUGGAUCUACUUUGUUUAAAGUGCAGGAAGAAAGUAAUGAUGUUGAUAUCAUCCAUUAAGGGAAUAGACUCGAUAGUUCUUGAUGUUUCAAAAAACACAGCAACCGUAAUUGGUGAAGCUGAUCCUGUAUCCAUCAUCAGAAAGGUGAGAAAGUGUAGAAAAUCUGCACACAUAGUAAGCGUUGGACCUGCUAAAGAAGAAAAGAAAAAAGAUGACAAAAAAGAUGAGAAGAAAGACGAAAAGAAAGAUGAAAAGAAAGAUGAGAAGAAAGUUGAUGUUGUUGUUCCUUCAACUCCAAGAACAUGCCACAGAUGCGAUGUUUGGUAUGUCGUUGAUCAAGAUUACAUUAAUCCUUGUAACAUUUUAUAAGUACAUCGUUCACAAUAAUCAUAGGUUGUUCUUUGAUGUUCAUAAUAUUGUAUAUAACAAUGGCAUUUACGGA